AUCAUGAAAAUAGCCAGGUUUAUUCUCACAAUGUAAAAAUGCCAUUAUAGACCAUGAUACAAAUGCUGAUAUAAAUCUUAAACAGAAUAUGAAUAAUUUAUUAACUCCAAUCAUUGUCAAUUUUACAGGCGAAAUCUGUUGUGAUAUCAAUUGUGACAUUCAUAGCGAGAUUCAUUGUGUGAGCCAUUGUGCGAACAACUUCAAGAUAUUUUACAAAAUAAACUGCGGGAUCAGUUGUGAGUUAGAGAUCCCUCUUGACAGAACAACUGCUUCAUCCAUUGUGACAUCUAUUGCAAGAUUCACUGCGGGAUCAGUUGUGAGUUAGAGAUCCCUCUUGACAAAACAACUGCUUCAUCUGUUGUGACAUCGAUUGCAAGAUUCAGUCUCUACUGAAAUGAAGCCCUGGAGGAAAAAAUUUAAAUGGCUUAGCUUCUGCUGGCCGUGGCAGUGCUCAAACCUCAAAGGACAGCAGUAUGCCAGUGAGGUUUACAUUCAAACACAGGCAUAUUUCAGUGAAACAGAGAUCCAGCAAGGAACAGAUGCGGUACCCUCUUCACCUGACAAAGUGGCAAAACCAUUAAAGGAUCAUGUGACACCUCAGCAUCAAACCUCACUUGAUGACUUCAAAUUUUUUACGCAUUUUCCAGCCAUCACAUUGGUAGAACCACUGGUGAUUGAAAUGACCCCUCAGCACCAAACUUCACCUGUGGAAGAAGAAGAACUGGCACUGUGGCUAUUCUUCACAGAGGAAGACUUAACUCAGGCACAGGCGACAGAGCAAGAGAGACCUCCUGGCCGCUGUGAAAAAAGAAAGAAAAGAAAGAAACCACAGGUGAACACAGUAACCACUGAGUGCCAGAUUUUCCAUGAGGAAGAAGAAGAUGAACCGGCACUGUGGCCAUCCUUCACAGAGGAAGACGAAACUCAGGCACAGGCGACAGAGCAAGAGAGACCUCCUGGCCGCUGUGAAAAAAGAAAGAAAAGAAAGAAACCACAGGUGAACACAGUAACCACUGAGUGCCAGAUUUUCCAUGAGGAAGAAGAAGAAGAACUGGCACUGUGGCCAUCCUUCACAGAGGAAGACUUAACUCAGGCACAGGCGACAGAGCAAGAGAGACCUCCUGGCCGCUGUGAAAAAAGAAAGAAAACAAAGAAACCACUGGUGAACACAGUAACCACUCAGUGCCAGAUUUUCCAUGAGGAAGAAGAAGAAGAACUGGCACUGUGGCCAUCCUUCACAGAGGAAGACUUAACUCAGGCACAGGCGACAGAGCAAGAGAGACCUCCUGGCCGCUGUGAAAAAAGAAAGAAAAGAAAGAAACCACAGGUGAACACAGUAACCACUGAGUGCCAGAUUUUCCAUGAGGAAGAAGAAGAUGAACCGGCACUGUGGCCAUCCUUCACAGAGGAAGACGAAACUCAGGCACAGGCGACAGAGCAAGAGAGACCUCCUGGCCGCUGUGAAAAAAGAAAGAAAAGAAAGAAACCACAGGUGAACACAGUAACCACUGAGUGCCAGAUUUUCCAUGAGGAAGAAGAAGAUGAACCGGCACUGUGGCCAUCCUUCACAGAGGAAGACAAAACUCAGGCACAGGCGACAGAGCAAGAGAAACCUCCUGGCCGCUGUGAAAAAAGAAAGAAAAGAAAGAAACCACUGGUGAACAGAGUAACCCCUCAGUGCCAGACUUCACCUGCUGAAGAUGAAAUACUGCCGCUGUGGCCAUCCUUCACAGACAAAGACUUAACUCAGGCACAGGCGACACAGCAAGAGAGACCUUCUGACCACUGUGAAGAAAGAAAGAUAAGAAAGGAACCACUGUUGAUGACAGUAACCCCUCAGUGCCAGACUUUACCUGAUGAAGAUAAAAUAUCGCCGCUGUGGCCAUCCAUCCUAGUAAAAGAACAGGCUCAGGUCGAGAGGAUAGUGGAACAGAGACCACGUAAAAGGCAUGGUAAAGUAAAUAAAAGUAAGGUACCUUUGCAUCAGGCUCCACAUGCUGUCAUCGAAAUGUUGCCUGUGCAAGAAAGGCUAGGAGAGAAAAAUGUGACAGAAACUGAUCAUCCAGAAGUUAUAAUUCAACAACCUUUACCAAAACUUGCUUGGAAAGACACAGGCAACGUACCAGUAACUCAACUGGAUGAUUUAAAGGUGGAUGAUAAAAGCAGACCUGAAGAUCAAGUGAUGAGAAUAAUAAAAAAGAAAGAUGUUGAACCUCAAGAGGAUGAACAUGUGGUUGAAAUCUCGCCACUGUGCACUUCCAUCACCGUGGAACAUCUGGAUCAGGUAGAGGAGAUAAAGAUACUACCUAAAAGGCGAAGACCAAGAAACAUAAAGAAAGUGACAAUAAUUGCUGAAAAUCUGGAAUUCAAUACUCUACCGCCUGCCUUCUACUCUAAACCUCUUCAUGACAGAAAAGACAUCCACUCUUUCAUCCAGAUUAACACCCCCCUCCCCAUCUAUAAUGUAAAUAAAAUAAAUUGAAAAUGUAGUAAAAAAAAAUGUGUAUGUAUUGAUUGGGAUUUACACUUAAAAUCAAAUAAUCAUGUUACCAUGACAUUAUAAAGCUAGUGAGUCGGUACAUAUUAUGCACUAAACUGAAAACAGCGGAUAAAGCAACAACACAAAUAAUCUCCAUAUUUAUAUCAGCAACUAAAAACAUUAUUCUCCAGAAAUGUGUGGUCAACUGGCUUUGACAAA